UGAGAGCCCGAGCAUCAGAGUGGAGUGGAAACAGGAAGAGGAGGCAAGGGGGGAAAUAAAGGAGACAGAGGAGAGGAUCGGGUGAGACAAGGUAGCGAGGAGUGAAAGAAAGGGAGGAAAAAGGGGAGAAGAGGGCUGCCUGGACCAAAGACCCAAAAUAAAAAAAACCAGGAGAGCUCGCAGCUAUAUAAAGGGAUCAGAAACUUCACUGAUCAGGAGCCUUUAUCUUCCUGUCUGAUAGGAACGUCAAAUUUGGACCUGAAACUUGGUCCUCCCUGUUGUCUCUCAUUGGUCACUGUAAGGCUGCAUGUAUCACCCAGCAGAUCUCUACUCGGGCCACAACACAUGGGACCCCUACCCAGCUGGAGGGCCCAACAGAGGACCAUGGGCGCCUGUAAACCGUCGCCCCUGGAGCGACGCACAAAGAUGCCAAGAAGGGCGCAACCAGUCACAUCAUUCACUAUCAAGUCGUCUGUAUAACAGAGGGGACAGAACAGUCAACCAUGUCCAGGAUAAGGGCAUCUCAAAGGGCCAUAGACCGCUGCAAAGGAUUUGGGAUGAUAAAGGGCAGCAAUAUGAGAGUCAGAGCUGGUAUUACAAUUCCCCACGCUCAUUUGCCAACCAAAGUGGUACUAAUGGUUAUCUAAUGGGACCUGGACAGCGCUACGUCAACUGGCAGUACAAUCAAGGGGAUCCUCGGUUGAAUCGUGGCAGCAGAGAGUUGCAGUCCCCAGUGGAUAGGUGGGAUGUGUCCGACCACCACAGGAGCUUCACCGGCAAAAUGGUAAACAACAGACAUGGACCCUGGAAACGUCCCACCCUCCAGCAGCAGAGAGAGCAGCCGCUCCAUCACAGUCCAUCCCCACAGCACCAUCUAUCUUUGAGGAAUGGAUAUCCAGCUAAAAGGAAAAAGGACUCUGACCCUAAUCAAUCAUCUCAUCUUGGACCAAGACAUUUAUCUCCACCUGCCCAUACCCCAUCAUCGCCCAGCCACUACCGUUACAACCAAGUUGACAGAGCAGGUCCCUGCCAUCGCUCUGAACACAGGACCUCAGCAUCACAUCAACAGGAAACCUCUGAAUUGUGGACGGGAGGCCAUGGUGUUGGUAACUCAGAACCUCCCAACCAGAGUCUCGGCAGCAGACCACCACAUUAUGGUAACAAAGGGAAGGUAGAAGGAAAAAUCUCAGCUUCACCAGCAGACCACCCCCCUGUGCCUUACAGCCAGCAAAAUCAUCACUACCACCAUCAGCGGCACACAAGCCAGCAGAAAGUUCCACAGCACAACAAAUUGCCACGCCCCCUGGAGGAAAAGGACUUGCGGAACCAUCAUCACAAGCUAAGCACAGAAUAUAAGCGCUCUCAUUCAAGGGUCAAUUCAAGAGAUUCUUCCCUCUGCAAAAACUCUGGUGCAGGCUAUUCCCCCUGUUCAUCUGUUCUCUCCAGUCCUAAAGAUGGUUGUUCAACGCCGAGCAGUGCAGGUGCUCCAUCCAGCCCCUCCUCAUUUACCAUGACUAGUUGCAGGAAAGAUUCAGCAGACAUUCAACCACGACUACACACUCUCAGUGAGAGUGGGAAGGUGCAGAAAUCCCUAGCAAGCCCCAAUCACAUCCAGAGACCUAGCCUGGCAUCCACCACAUCCCAUAUGUCUCAUUCUGGCUCAAAAUCCAGGUUUUUAGAUCCCAAACACAGAAAAACCUCAGUCUCUUCACAACAAUCUCCUGUCGCCAGGCCAAGGUCAGGCAAGCCCAAGAAAGGGACAGAGGAGCUCAGAAAAACUGAGACCAAAUAUAAGGAUAAGCUCAUGAAAAAAGAGAAAAGAAGUGAUGUUGCAAAUGGAAAUGACGAGGAAAGGAAAAGAAGGAAGAAAAAUGAAGAGAAAGGCUUGGAUGAAAAGAGAAGAAAGAGAGAUAAAGCAAUCAAGAAGGACAGAAAAUUGCGCUUGAAAUUAAAAAAAGUUAAGGAAAUGUUUUCUUCCAUCUCUCCUUUCACCUGUCCAGGAGAGACUAAAUGGAGUGAAACAGAGACAUCUUUGUUAGCAGACGAUCAAAGCCAGCCACCCCUAAAACACAAAACCAGGGAGAGAAGUGAAAAGUUCAAAAGAACAUCAGGCAAACCAUCCACUGAAACUCCUAACAGCGCUUUGCAGCAUCUACCUUCAAAGUUUAAACAAAUACCUGAAGGGAUCAGCAUUCCCACUGAACAUCCAAUAGAAUCUAUAUCGGAUUCUUUAAGUUUUAAUCAGAGCAGCAACGUCACAUCUUAUUCAGAAGAUGGGCCAAAAAUAAACUCUGGUAAAAAAUUCCCUUCAAUCUUACAUACAGCCUCAGCACCUCUCAGUACUACAUGCUUCGUUGGGUCAGACCAGGUGGUCCAUGGCAAAGAAGAGAAGAAGGUGGGAGUUCUCAACGCUCCAGACCUUCAGCCUGAGGCUGUGCUGGGACAUCUCAGUGACUCAGGGGACAACCAUGCAAACACUCCUCCUGUGCUCAGCUGGCAGGGCUCCCCUGUUUCCGAUUUUGAAGAAGACGAGGAAGAGCUUAAAAAGGGUGUAAUAAGUAGACCUGUUCUCCAACCCAGCCCCACUCAGUGCUUAUCUCCUCUUCCUGCAGAUAGUGAGAGCAAUGAUAAUUUGGAUCUUUGUAAUAGUGAACCAAAUGGUUAUUCCCAUGACAGCCCAUCUGAGUUCUGUGAUCCAACUUGUGAAAUCAAAGAUGUUGGGGAAGACAAAGAAGAGCAUGUGAAUCCAAGCAGGAAAGCUACUGACUUGCUCCUCGAUGAUUUCCAUCCAAACAAAGCAGGUUUGGAUGAUGUCUUCAAGAGCCUAGCCACCUUCCUUGAAGGCCAGAGGGCAUUGUGUCGUGGUGGUCCUUUUGGUGGUGCCUCUUCAAGAGGGGUAAAGUACUCAUCAUCUCUCACAGUGGCAUCCCAGAUUCACUGUGAUGAGAAUCGGGAUCUUUCCUGCAAAUCAAGUACCACAGCCUUCUCCGAGUCUAAUAGUCAAUCACCUCCUGAUGUUACCUCAGACUCACUUUUAAAAUUCUACAGUUUGCCGUACCGAAAAGAUCCAGUCACUCAUUCCAAGGUGCAGGAAGAAGCUGAGAGUUGUUCUGAUGAUAAUCAGGCAGGAAAAAAUAAAGAGAACCUCUUGGAGAGAGCAGAUUCAUCACGUCUAGAGGGAUCGUUGAGUGCAGAACUGAGAGUGACCACAACUCAUUCAGCCUCUACCAAGGAAAGGAGAAAACACAGGAAAGAGUCCAAGCGCACUGCUACAAAGAGGAAGAGAGAGCAUAAGCAUGAAAGAAGGGAGGACAUCAUGAAGAUGAAGAUAAAGAAAAAAGAAAGGAAGGUCAAAACUAAAGCUAACCAUAUAAAGGAUGCGCAGAAGAGGGAUUUUUUAUCCUCAUUAUCAGUUAUCUCCAAAAGCUCUGCCAGACCUCUUGCAGACAGUAUGAAGGGCCAGAUUCCUCAGGAAAAUCAAAUGCCAUAUGGCAAAGACAUCAAGAGAGUCAAAUUUGACCCUGGUGAGACCAAUGUGGAGGUUGGUGAGUUAGGGAAAAAGACAACCUCGGACACCAACGCCUCAAACACAGGAACCUCUGCUGCAAGAAUCAGAACAUCAGGUCAGUCAGGUGCUAACCCACCAGCAAGCAAACCUCCCUGCUCCAAAGGUCCAGUGGAUCCCCUGAAACUGAAAGCAUUGUCCAUGGGCUUGUCCAAGGAGCUGAAGGUUGUCCUGGUUAAAAUGAACAGUGCUGGAAGACAAACAUUUAACAUAUCAGAGCUGGAGGAACAAAGUAUCCCAAUGUCCAUGCUCAGUAUUGAAAACAAAGCAGCUGAAGUGGUCAGAGUAUGCAAGGGUGCAAGUGUGAAGGGGAAAUUCAAGGAGUCAUACCUGCUUCCCUCGUUCUGUGUCAAACCUAAAAUUGCCAUCGACAUUCCCAUUCCACGGGAAAAGCUGAACCCGCCCACACCAAGCAUUUAUUUGGAGAGCAAGAGGGAUGCCUUCUCUCCAGUUCUGCUUCAGUUCUGCACAGACUCCAAAAAUGCUGUAACGGUCAUCCGAGGCUUGGCUGGCUCCCUCCGCCUUAAUCUUGGUCUGUUCUCCACCAAGUCGCUGGUGGAGGCCAAUUCCGACCAGGCUGUGGAAGUGAGAACUCAGGUUCAACAGCCUGCUGAUGAAAACUGGAACCUAAAUGGCUCUGCACAAACGUGGCCCUGCGAAAGCAGUCGAUCGCACACCACCAUUGCCAAAUAUGCUCAGUACCAGGCCUCCAGCUUCCAAGAGAGCUUGGAGGAGGAGAAAGAAAGCGAGACUGAGGAAGAAGAAGAAGAGGACAAGACCGCAGACUCAUUAGCAACCACAAAACCUGCUCUGAUGUUAGCCAGCAGUAAAGUCAAUCCCAGCUCAACGACAAAUAAACCCAACUCAACUUCUCUCAGUAAACCCCAGUUGGCUAAUUCCACCAGCAUUCCUAGCCCAGAGCAGAAAACAGUUGGAAAAAUCAUUAAAUUUGGGACCAACAUUGAUCUGUCUGACCCUAAAAGGUGGAAGCCCCAGCUGCAGGAGCUUCUGAAGCUCCCUGCUUUCAUGCGAGUGGAAUCCAACAACAACAUGCUCAGUCUUGUUGGUCACACCAUUCUGGGCAUGAACUCUGUGCAGCUGUACAUGAAGGUUCCAGGCAGCCGAACUCCAGGGCAUCAAGAGAACAACAACUUCUGCUCCGUCAACAUUAAUAUUGGGCCUGGAGACUGUGAGUGGUUUGCUGUCCAUGAAAACUACUGGGACGCCAUAAACAAAUUCUGUGACAAGCAUGGAGUAGACUAUCUUACGGGGUCCUGGUGGCCAGUCCUCGAGGAUCUUUACAGCUCCAACAUCCCUGUGUACCGCUUCAUCCAGAGACCAGGAGAUCUGGUAUGGAUCAAUGCUGGGACUGUUCACUGGGUUCAAGCUGUGGGCUGGUGCAACAACAUAGCCUGGAAUGUGGGACCUCUCAACGCAUACCAAUAUCAGCUCGCCCUGGAGCGCUUCGAGUGGAAUGAGGUGAAAAACGUGAAGUCGAUUGUUCCCAUGAUCCAUGUUUCAUGGAAUGUGGCUCGUACCAUCAAGAUCACAGACGAGGACACCUACAAGAUGAUAAAACACUGCCUCAUGCAAUCCAUGAAGCACAUCCAGAUUCUGAGAGACCAGCUGGAGGCUGCCGGAAAGAAAAUCUUUUACCAGAGUCGCGUGAAGGAUGAGCCGGCCUACUACUGCAAUGAGUGUGAUAUGGAGGUGUUUAACCUGCUGUUAGUAACCAGUGAGAACAGCAGUAAGAAGACCUACGUUGUGCACUGUGAGGACUGCGCUCGAGCUAAGAGUUCGUGUCUGGCGGGAGUGGUGGUGCUGGAACAGUAUCGGAUGGAGGAGCUGAUGAAGAUCUACGACAAUUUCGUGCUGACCCCUCUGCCUCCUUCAAAGUGAGGACUUCUCCACGUCACACAUCUCUCAGCAUAACCAAAACUCUAACGGCAGCACAAAAGAUGUCUCCAAGGCAGCUCGCUUCAACGAAUGCUCUCUCAAUCAGCCAAUCACGUUUACUCAGUAUUGUUUACAUCACACAAUAAGGUACGGAUACUCAGCCAAUCCAACUCUAGCUCAUCGUCUUCCCCAUACCAGCUGCAGAUUGGACGUGUGUUUUGAAAUAGAAUGACUAGAAUGGUUCUUCUCACAAAAAGCAUUUAAUAAAGGUUAAAAAAAAUGAGAGCACUGAUACCACUGAAAAUCAGGUUAUAUAUGUUCGACGGACACUGCUGUGAUUCAAAAGCGUCUAGUAGCCGGUUCUAUGUAUUGAUUCAGGUACUUUUAUGCAAAUUCAGUAGAACUUUUAUACACCAAUCUAGUUAUUCUAUAUGUCCAUUAAUUUGCUGUGAUUCUAUUGUACCAGCAGGGGAAGUAGCUGAUUGUCACAUUUGGCAUGGUGUUGGUUUCUGUUUUUAAUUGUUUUGUUGCGGUAUUCAGGUAAACUGAUAUUUGUAAUUCCUGUCUGUAAACUCUCUGAGGUGCUAUACCAAUCCUAUUUAUUCUCAUUAGAUACUUGCAAAGUUUUACCAGCCUAGAAGUACACCACAUUGGCCUUUUGAACUGUAUUUAGAGGUAAUUAGCUGACGAAACAUACACAAAUGAGGUUUUUAUGUAAGUACUAGUAAAUGAAAUAAAAAAAAUUUAUCAGUUUCUCUAAAAUACGGGUUUACGUGAGAACUAAUAUGGUUUCAGUCAUAGUUGGAAAUCACCUGUGUAGAAGAAGAAUUGGAUUUCUUUAUUGUGUUCACUUUUUAACAGGUCUAGCAAAAAUGAUGGUUAGCGUGAUUUGUACGAUACACACCAAGAAAACCGACGUACACGUGUCAUUUUUACUUUUGGAAUGGGGAAUAUAAGAAUCCCAGUUUUAUACCUCUUUUUUUAUGUUUUUGUUUUUAUAGGUAACAGAGAAAAUAAGGAACUGUAUAUUGUGAAUGAACUUAUGGGAGACACAGUGGUGUGCAUAGACAGAGUCAUAGAGUGGGAGAUUGGGUGGGGUUAAACACUGAUGUUUGUGUCAGUAAAAUGCAACAUAAAGGAAGAUGUGCAAGGAUAGGAAUAAUCUUAAACUUUAAAUGAAACAACCAGUGAUGCCAAACAAAUGAACAGCUCCUGCAAUUCCAUCGUGAUCUGCACCGUUGUCCUGGUGAACUUCAGCUCCACACACUGCCAAAGGCUGGAAAUGCUCAGAUGUAAUUCUUUAAUCAACAAUAAUUUGUUGUUAAUUUGAUCUAAAAGUUUGGAUUUACAUAGUGAAAUUACUGCCAUGCCAUCAGUAUCAGUUUAAAGAUGCUUAAGGAGAAAAAUCAGCACUAGCUAAGUGACAUGCAGAUGAGGUCAAAAUAGGUCUGACGUUAGAUAAAUUCAGGAUUUUAAUCAAAGGAAGACUACCCAUGCAAAAUUAAAUCUAUAGUUUGGAAAUGUCAACCUUUUCCUAACGAUCAUUGAAAUGCAUAGUAGAAACAAUGGCUCAUUUCCAUUUCAAAAGAAGCGUGACAGUAUCUAUUCACCUCCAGAUUAAGAUUUUCUUUGUCCUUCAAAACCGGUCAGAGUUAAUUAGGCAUUUGCUGAUACCUCAUUCCUGUUCAGUAUUGCAGCCUCUUUAUUCAGUUUUUUCUUGACAGUGACAGAUAUUUUGUCCUAACUGGUGUUGUUGUGGAGUUUUUAUAUGCCAGCCUUAAUAUGAAGCUCCAACAUGGGGUCAGCAAGCCACAAAGAGCUACUAUACUGUCUUGACAAAGCAUCACCUAAAACAUGCAUUUAUCAUUUGUUUCUCAAGACAUGACUUGACACAUACAUCUGCUGUCUUUAAGAAACUCCUCCAGUUGGUCUCUGGCUGAAAACGCAUUAAUGUGUCGCAGUUUGUUAACCUUAGCAAGUUUGCUAACCUUAGCAAAUUUACUCUCUGUUUAUAUAUGACUUGUUGAUAAUUUGACUCAUAGCAUACUGUACAUCAGUGCAGUUCUGUUUAAUUUAUCUAAUCUUGCUUAAACAAGACGUGAAAAAUAUGUCUCCUGCUUCAUAAACUUAUUGACUUUAAUCUAUUGUCUAAUGGUAGCUAUCUAGAUAUAUAUGAGCACAGAGCAGCUCACAUUGCAGCCGCCAUGUGAGUAACUAAGAGAACACUCUUUAUUUAUUGUGAACAUGAGUGUACAGGGGGUCAAAAAUAGUUAGAUUGUUAUGGAAAAUCUAAAUUCAAAGAUUGACCAAGUAAUGUGCCCAGGCCAUAAUAGAGUAUUGCAAGCCGUGCACACAAUAAAGAUGGAUUUUUUUUAACAUGGGCUAUGAUGAAUGAGGUCACUAGUAAACACUAUGGGUGUAACAAGGCUAACAAGAGUCAGGGACCCCCUCUAGGACAUUCCUGGUUGAUACAGUUUUAAUCUGUCAAAACAAGUUUAGAAAUAUCAGAAUACUACAAAUCAAAAGGAUUUCAAGAUACUCACUACUUCUUUUGUGACAAAAAUGGUAAAUGCAAAAUCAGCAAUCAUCUUUGUUUGUUUUUAUCUAAAAUCAGAUCAAUUUCCACAGAAAACUGAAGUUGUUUGUGCUUUCUGACAGUGUUUGUACAUGCUCCUAGUAUUUUGCAGAUUGACACAAAGACCUAAGUAUGUGCAGGAUGAUUAAUUUAAUCACGGAACUGGACUUAUUAUUUUUAAAUGGAAGUGUGGUAUCACUGGUAUAACAAUGAUAUUAAGGACUUGCCCUCAAAUGCCAAGCUUCAGGGCCCAGCUCUGGCCUCAUUAGUCUGUGCACACCAUUUUCUGUACAUACUGUAUCUGCUUCAGAUAAUUUUGUUCUCAAUCAAGAAUCGGCUUUGUUGAUGUCAUUUGUUUUUGUUUUUCUGUUGUUGGCAUUGUCUAAUACAUGCUGAUAUCAUGUUUCACUCUAGUUUAAAUUACUGCUUUGGGAAACCUCAUCCCACUUUUAUACCUAUUUUGUUAGUUUAUGUUAUUUCUGUUUUUUGAAUAUUGGAGAAAAUGAUAAAUUGUAAAUGGUGACAUUAUUUAUACUGUAAAUGGUGGUUCGCUUAUGUAUUUAUUGCAUAUCAAAGGAUACUUCACUUGAUAAGGAGCUACAAGGUAUUUUAAAAGUGUAGUAUGGUAAUAGUGUGUGGAUAGGGGAAGUGCAAUCAGAGGGGCAGUUUAAUAUUCAUGGUGCUAGACCCCUACUUGCCUCGGUGCCCCCUCAUCAAGCAGCAUAUAUUGAUGUAUGGACAUACGAUUCAUUCAACUCAACCAUCUGGUGCUUAGAACCAUUUCAACACAGUUUACUGGUUACGCAAAUGGAAUGAUGUCUUUGUACUGUAACUAAGAGAACAAUACAAGAUUUUGUUUUUCUUUUGUACUUUCAUUCCAUUGUAUAAAAUGCAUAAUCUCGUGUGGCAUUAGUGGUUUUAUGAUAAGCAUUAACUGUAGUUGUUAACUCUUGACACUUUUGCAGAGACUCUUAGGGAUGUAACUUUUAUUGGCGUCGAGGUUUCUGGUGUCUUGUCCUCAUUAGUACUAUUUGGAGGAUGUAACGAUGCUCUUUUUUCCCUUUUCACUUGUUUGAUUUAUGCUGCACUCAUUGUUUCCAAAAGAAGUCACUUAGAAGAAAACCUGAGCCAGACCUGUCUUAAUUCCUCUGUGAUUUUUCUGUGACAUACUGUAUUGUUGUUCAAGAAAUUAAAAUGUUUUGAUAAACCAUGCA